AUGGUCCUGGGGCAACUAUGUCUGGGCCUCGCCCUGCUGGGGGCCCUGAAUAUCCAGGCUCAGGACUCUAUUUCAGCUAUAAUCCCAAGCCCACCUCUGAGCAAGAUCCUCCUGCAGCCAGAUUUACAAUAUGACCAGUUCCAGGGGAAGUGGUUCGUCAUAGGCGUAGCAGAAAACACAAUUCGGAAUGGAAGCCAAAGACACUUCAAAAUGUACAGAGUCACCUAUGAGCUGAAAGAUGACCACAGCUACAAUGUCACCACCACACUGCUCAGGAACAACUUUUGUGACCACUGGACCAGAACUGUUGUCCCAAAUGCCUAUCCUGGCCAGUACACCCUGGGCAAUAUUACACUUUAUGUUGGGACACAGAGCUACACCAUGAGAGUGACCAACACCAACUACAAUCAGGUAGCCAUUGUGUUCUUCGAGAAGACCUUCAGAAACACACAGUACUUCAAGGCAUCCCUGUAUGCAAGAACCAAGGAGUUGAGCCGCGAACUGAAAAGGUACUUCGUCAACUUUGCAAAGUACCUGGGCUUCACUGAGGACAACAUCAUGUUCACUGCACCCAAUGAUCAGUGCAUCGAUGACUGA